AAAAUGCUAAAGCUCAAAUUUUCUCUCUCUUGUUCUUGGCUAUUUAGGAGAGAGACAAAGGGAAGGAGCCAAAAAUUUCCAAUUCCAGUUGGAUUCUCAAGCCAACCUUCUCAGAACAUCAAGGCUCGAUUGCUUGAAGAGGUUCCCAAGUUGCAGAGAUUGGCUGUAAAGAAGGUGGAGAGGAGGAGAACGGUCACUCCUCGACCUAAUUCUUUGGAUUUGAGGGCCGGGAAUGGAGCUGCCGGCGGCGGUGAAAUGUCGGCGACUCAGAAGUUGUUGGUCACUUCGACGAGGAGUUUAUCGGUUUCGUUUCAGGGCGAGUCGUACGUGCUCCAGGUGAGUAAAGCGAAGCGAUUGCCGUCUCCGACUGCGAGGAAAGGCACGCCGGAGCUAAGGAAGGCUUCGACGCAGGCGAGGCAGGAUCAGAGCGAGAAUUCCAGAUUGAUGGAGCAGUACCGGUGGCCGCCGAGGUUGAGGCCAGACACUUGUAUGACCAGGAGCUUGGAUUGUACGGUGGAGAUGAAGAAAUUGAAUGGAUCUGGCUCCAAUGUGGUUAGGGCAUUGCAAAAUUCACUGGGGAAUGAUCUUGAUGGGAGAUUGAGCUAAUGUUGCACUAGCUGCACAGAGGUCCAAUGCAGAGAAGAAGAUCGUACCAAGAUACGUAUAGAGCUAAUAUAUAUUGAAGCUUGAAGCAUGUAGAAUCACCUUGGAGUUGAAAGCCUGAUCGAAUUGUACUCUGGUAAGUUAUUAUAUCUCUAUAUCAUAACUAAAACCUUGAGGCCUGGAUGUAGUGGAAGUGUGGAAUUGAUGUUAGUUGUGACUUAGUUGCAACUGCAUGCAGCUGUAUUUUCUGAAAAAUGUCUACUCGCUUUUUAUUUGUAUUCAAUUACCAGAGAGCAUUUGUUUUGUCUGUGUAUUAUUGACUUUGAACAUUGUUCUGUUAGAUUAU